AGCCAUUAUUGUGAAGGCGUAACCGGAAGCAAUCAUGUGACAUCUACUAGCCUAACAGCAGCGAUUUAAUGAGACGCUAACUCGACUGGUUUCCACUUUCACGUUGCUCCCGCAGUUCGAGUUAAAAUGAGUUCCAUUGGGACCGGGUACGACCUAUCAGCAUCCACCUUCUCUCCUGACGGUCGAGUGUUUCAAGUGGAAUACGCCAUCAAGGCUGUGGAAAACAGUAGCACAGCUAUCGGAAUCCGCUGUAAAGAUGGUGUGGUGUUUGGCGUGGAGAAGCUAGUGUUGUCCAAACUGUACGAGGAGGGCUCCAACAAACGCAUCUUCAACAUUGACAGACAUGUCGGCAUGGCAGUGGCAGGUCUCCUGGCGGACGCUCGCUCGUUAGCGGAAGUCGCCCGACAGGAAGCGUCUAACUUCAGGUCCAACUAUGGACACGACAUUCCUCUCAAGCACCUGUCGGAGCGCGUGGCCAUGUACGUGCACGCCUACACCUUGUACAGCGCCGUGCGACCGUUUGGCUGCAGCUUCAUCCUGGGAUCUUACGACAAAGAUGACGGCCCGCAGCUCUACAUGGUGGACCCCUCUGGCGUCUCCUACGGCUACUGGGGGUGUGCGAUUGGAAAAGCCAAACAAGCUGCCAAGACAGAAAUUGAAAAAUUGCAGAUGAGAGAGAUGACAUGCAGAGAGCUGGUCAAAGAGGUCGCCAAAAUAAUAUACAUCGUCCAUGACGAGGUGAAGGACAAAGCGUUUGAGUUGGAGCUCAGCUGGGUGGGAGAAAUCACAAAUGGACGGCAUGUGCUCGUGCCCAAAGACAUCAGAGAGGAAGCAGAAAAAUACGCCAAGGACGCACUUGAAGAGGAGGACGACUCUGAUGAGGACAACAUGUGAAGAUAUUUUUUUUUUCUUACAUUUUAAUGUUUGUUUUGCUUUUGAAAAUAAAAAAAAAAGUUGUUUCCA